AGGAACAAACAGUCAGGUUUCUGUUGUAUAUGGUCCUUCAUAUUUUUCCUUAGAUGUAAGCCGUGUGAGUUUGAUGUGUUCGUCUUGAUGGAAAACUGAAAACGGAGAAAAAGACCUAUACAAUUAUGUUCUAGCAGUAAGGUCAACCGUGAUGAUUACCGUUCGAUGAUCAGGGGAUCUACAUAUGAACUGUAUUGCCUUAAGAGGCGAUCAACAGUUGGGGAUUUAAUCAUCCAGAUGGUCAUUAUUAUUUUAGUCAACAAGAGUAUGAUGCAAAAUUCCAAUAAUUUCGAAGGAGGAUACAAAGACGACAUACCUAUCGUAUAACUAAGGAAAACGUGUGUUGUUUAUUCUUAUUUUGUGAUUUUAACAAUGCAGCAUUGUUUAUAUGCGAGAAUGUUUACCCCGACAAGAAAUCUGAGACUGAAUAUUGAAUUUUCUUUCAUCAUGGAGGGACACCGAUUUACCUGACAUCAAAAAUAUGCAGUGGACGGAAAACGCACACGGGAUAGGAACAAUCCCCGGUCACAUGUCCAUCCGAGUGCCUCCAGCCAGCAUCGGAAUCGGUGGGAAAAAGGAGAAGCUUAUCGGAAUUACCAACCAUGAGGUCUCCGAAAGGUAUAUACUGAAACUACAGAGAGAUCGGGAGCGCAACAAUCAGGCGGUGUUCAAAAGUCUCGAAAAUCUGCCAAUCACCAUUAGACAUGUCCCGAAGUAUAGGAUCCAGUCGGAGCCAACAGUACAUACAACUUGCAUGUCAGUUGGUACAGAAGCUCGCCCUUCGUCCAUGAGGUCAAUGUCCCCUGAGGAGAUCUCUUACCAGCGACUUCUCAACACAACCGAUGCCAACCUCAAUAUGAAAUCCUCUGACUCUAAGGCAGUUGGAAAAGGGAGCCAGGAAAUCCUCCGAUCGGAAUUUAAGAAGUCAAAGAUGGCUGGGCCAAUGUGUCCGCACCUUAUGUCGCUGUCAGCGUGUCGGAAGUGUGCCCGAUUGAAAAGAAGGAGGAAAAAGCCGGAUACCAAAAAGGAUAUUACAUCCGCGGUAACUACGGGUAUACUAGGGAAUGAUCUGAACAUACAAGCGGAAGGAAAUGGUAACACUAGCCAGGAUACCAUGUCCAGUUCUACUCAAAGUGAAAGCAAGAAAGUAGUAUACACAGGGGGUUUCCACGGGCAUCAGCUUCGCCCUUCCAAGUCUGUGAAGUUUCCCAGUAAAAAGAAAGGUUUAUCCGUUGGCCUGCCUAUAUCUGGGAGUUUAUCUUUUCAGAAGAAAUACACUCGCGUUUUCGAUUCUAAUCAACAGAUCCAUUUUGUGAAUACAUCACUUUUGGCGGGACAGAGAGCAGGAACACUCGGAAAAACGUUUAAAAAACUUCCUGGAAUUCUUGCUGCUGGGGAGUCACAACAUCGCCGAGAAAACACGGAAGUGUUCGCAAUAAAGUCUGUCCAGCGAUAUAACGAUCCCUUUCCUCAGACGUCAACGGAGUCGCAGCCAACUGUAGACAUAGAUAUGUCACCGGCCCCGGUACCGAUUCAACCUAUGCACAGUUUUGCAUCGGAUAUAUCUGACAUGCAAAUGGCCAAUUUGGAUGGAAGAGUACAUGGAGAACAAUCUGAUGAGGGAAAACCAAGUGGACCAUUCUUAAACACACAUGAUUAUAAUGUCCCUAAAAGUGACAUUGAAUUGCAAAACCUACAGAAAACUAAAAACAUACAUGAUACUGAAGAGUCGCAGAAAGUACAUGAAACUCAAAAAGACAAACAAGUCCCCUUGAGUAGGAGUGAUUCAGAGGUAUUCGCCUGUAGGGCUCAACAUAUGACACCAGGGAAAGUCAAUAGUAAAGCCAACUUGCAUAGUAGUAAAACAGGUAGUUAUGAUACUGGUUAUCAAAAGGAACCAUCACGGAUUAUCAAGGCGGCGUGUAAGCAAGAUAAAGAAAGCCAAAAGCGGAAAGUCGCUCCAGAAAUGCAGUUCUCAGUGAGAAUAGAAUAUAAAUCAACGGACGAUGAACCUACCCCGAGAGAGAGUACCUACUCGGAGAUCGUCAACAUGCCAAGAUGGCUCGAAAAAGAGAAGUCAAAUGUCGAAAGUAUUGCCCAGAAAAGCAUAAGGGACUCGGCGGUGGAGGACACGUUCCACGAGCGACGCGUCAGUGAUGCCUCUGCCGAAGGUGGCAUUAAUGACGCCUCUGCCGAAAGUGGCAUUAAUGACUUAUCUUAUUCAAAUAAGAAUUCUCAGCAAUAUGCUUUUGACAUAGAAGGUAAAGACGAUAAUAGAAUAGGUGAGCUUCAUAUUCUAUCACAAGAAACGAUUUCUAUUAUUGAUGAUGCGCAUGACGAUUCCCAGUUCACCGACAAGAACAUUAGCAAACCGAAUGAAGCCGAUGGCGACACUUUUGUUCAGUCGACAGAGGUGAGACAAAAAUCCUCUCCCGAGAGUGGCUUUGACAGUUUACUUUGCGAUUCAGAAGAAACAACUGUUCAAACAGAUGCUCUUUCAGUUGAAUCAGGUGAUUCAACAUCAAGUGAAUCUGCGGAAACAGCACCAGAACGAAAACUAGUUACACCAGUAACAUCACAAUUAAAUGUUGGUGAUCGACAAGUUGGCAUAGUUACAGAUGGGGACCAAGUUAUCGAGAUUGAAAAGUCUGGGGUUAUAAAUGGAAGUGACAUAACACACAGAAAUAGCGACGUUUCUGACUUGAAAGAUGACGAUUUCGAUGUUUCUAACAACCAGACUGGGGACAAGUCCCCAGAUUAUGUGAUUGAGUCAGCAGGAGGGUUUUUCGUAACAACUCUUGACCCUACGGAACAAGAUGACACAGACGACAAGGAGAUACUGUCUGGUAGUGAUUCUGGUAUCGCACAAGAUGACGUUAAUAUUCUAAAAGAAUUUACAAGUGAUGAUAUAAAAGAAGCAAAGUCACCUCAGAAAGUCAAGAGGCCAUCUGGAAUCGGUAUCGGACUGUCACACGAUAUUCAAGCUUAACUUGCGAACGCAAUUCUUAGAUGUAAUAGUUUU